AUGGCCUUCUUCCUCGUCUGCGGCCAGCAGACCUUUCGCUCCGAGGUCAAGGGCUACGAGGGUAUCACCACCCAGUGCCACCACUGCGGCAACAUGGGCGCGCGCGUGGAAAAGGAGCGCCCCUUCUUCACCGUCUGCUACAUUCCCCUUGUUCCAUUCACCAUAAAGGGAUAUCAGGAUGUCGUAUGCGGCAUCUGCAACUUUCACGAACCCCUCGAGAAGCGCCCCGACGUCAUGGCCAUGGCCAACGGUGGUCAGGGCGCCGCCGGCCAGCACGGCCAAGCACAGCAGCAGCAGCACGGCCAAAAGCCGCCCGGCCAGAAUCAGCAGGCUAAUAAUCCGCAGGGGCAGAAUCCACAGGGACAGUACCAGCAGGGGCAAGGACCGCCGCAGUACGGCCCGCCGCCGCAGGGCUUUUACUCGCCGCCGCCGCAGGGCGGACAGCAACCUCCGCCACAGAAUUGGCAGGGGCAGCAGCACCAGUAA